ACCCUGGACAAGUUCGGCUUCCGAGGAGAAGCCCUGAGCUCGCUGGCCAACGUGGCCCACCUGUCGGUCGACACGAAAACCCGCGACGACGUCAUGGGUCGCAGUUAUGCCUACGACGCCCGCGGCAACCCGACUUUCCUCAGACACGCAGCAGCCACCGUCGGGACCCAGGUGCACGUCAAGAAUUUAUUCGAGAACCUGCCGGUGCGACGGGAAGCGAAAAGCAGCAGCGAGAAGCGGAAACGAGACGAGUUGAAGCGGUGCGAGGAGGUUGUGGCGGCGGUCGGGGUGGCCCAUCCCGGAGUGGGCCUGACUCUGGUGCACAACAAGCGCGUGGUGUGGAGGAAACCCCGGGUGGGCAGUGUCAAGGACGCCCUGGGGUUGACGCUGGAUGUGGGUGCCAUCAAGUGGCUGGAAAUUACGGCGGCGAAGGGCAGUGGUGUUGGUGAUGAUGAUGAUGAUGAUGACGAAGUGAGGACAAAGGCCUGUGUAAUACUGUGUAAAACAUGGCUGUUGAUCGCGUUUGCCCAGGAUGUGCUCAUGAUCUACGCGGGCCGAGCAGUGGCCGGACUCAGCGUCGGCGUGACGUCCAUGGCUGUGCCAAUUUAUUUGGCGGAAGUGGCGCAGGCGGACAUCCGGGGCCGACUGGGCAUCUUGCCCUCCACCAUCGGCAACUCUGGAGUGAUGUUUAUUUACGUGUUUGGGGCAUUCCUAAACUGGUCCACUUUGGCCAUGGUGUGUUCUAUUGUUCCGGUGCUGUUCUGCAUUGGCAUGGCCUGGGUGCCAGAAACCCCGCGAUGGUACCUGUCUAAAGGUAAAAAGAAGCGGGCUUUCCGAGCACUGCAGUGGCUGCGGCCUGCUGACCACGACGUCGUGGCCGAGAUGCAGGAGAUGGAGGCCCAGCAGGCCAACUCUGCGGCCAUCGCAGGUGGCCCAAAGUUACGCGACCUCAUCUCCCCGCUGAACGCCCGCGCCCUGUUUGUCAGCCUGGGGCUCAUGUUCUUCCAGCAACUCUCCGGCAUCAAUGCCGUCAUCUUCUACACUCUCAAAAUUUUCGAAGCAGCGGGAUCCACGGUCGACAAGGAUUUGUCGACCAUCAUCGUGGGCUCUGUGAACAUCGGCGCCACGUUGCUGUCGAAUGCCGUCGUGGAUCGAUGGGAGACGGAAGAGACUUUGCGGGUGUUUGGAUGGCUCCCUCUGGUGGCGUUUGUGGUCUUCGUGGUUGCCUUCAGCUUCGGGUUCGGGCCGGUGCCCUGGCUCAUGUUGGGCGAGAUUUUCCCGUCCCGGAUCCGCAGUUUGGCAGCCAGUGUCACGGCGGCUUUCAACUGGGCCUGCACUUUCAUUGUCACCAAAAACUUCCAGGGCAUGAUUGAUGGACUGGGCAUCCACGGCGCCUUCUGGCUCUUCGGCUCCAACUGCCUAGUGGCGACAUCUUUCGUCUUCCUCCUCGUUCCCGAAACAAAGGGUCGCACGCUGGAGCAGAUCGAAGAGCGGUUGUCCAAGAGUUCCGGUCGGUACACGUUCACCAAGACCCCCGAACCCGGGCGUGACAAGGCCAAGCGAGAGAAGAAGGCCAAGCGGGAAAGGCAACUCCAACUCGAGGCCCAAUUGCGAGGCUCGCCUGAUGCUGCUGCUGCUGCAACGGCGGAGGCGGUGGACGUGGAGUUGGGAGAGGCGGCGGAAGUGGCGGCAGGUGAGAAUGACGACAGUAGUGUGCCGACGACCGUCGACAGCCGAGUGCAGGACCUGUCGGAAAGUGUAGGCAUUGCUGCUGCUGAGAGUAAGAAGGUGACUGGGCACGAUGAGGAUGCUGACCUGCAGGACUGAAGCGACAUCUAUUAAUUCGAAAUGCGACGGAAUUGAAACAUUGCGGGAUGAUGUCGUUAGAAGACCUUUUAAAGACUUCCAAAUAAGUCCUUAUAACGACGAUCAGCAGUUUUUCCCCUCCAGCAUUCGGAAGAAACGAAAUCAAAAAUCAGGUUCUUUCAACCCAACCUCAUCUUGUUUCUUUUAGUGUUACUAGCAAGUUAUAUUUGUUCGCGUAGAUGUCACUGCAAUCCAUUUUUCUAUACUUGGACUGAGUUCAUCAUCAUUCAACUUUUUCUAGUCUUUUCUGAUGCUCCUUAUUGAUAAAAAGUAUGACAAGAGAGUCAAAAUCAAAAAUUCGGGUUCUUUCUCCCACCUCCUCUCCAUCCAUGGAAUGAGUCAUCUUGAUUGGUCUGUUUACUCUUUGAUUGAGUGGAGGUAGAUGUCGCUGCAAUAUUCAUUUUUUUACCGAAGCUGAGCCAUUUAACCUCAAGAAAACUCAAUACUUACGCGAAGUCUAUGCUCCUUGUGGAAUGUUUCGCCCUUUUUUGUUUCCUCAAAAAUAUGUAAAACCGUGGUUACAUGUUUGCUUUUUUUUUCUGAAAAGUUGGAAAUGAUAUUUCGCUGCUGCUUCAACAAAGGGAAUUUGCUGCAGUUCAGCAGCUUCUGAAAGAAUCCCUAUACAAGCAUUAUUCAUCCUUGAAGAAUUCAAAAUGCUUUCCUCUUGUGUGUUCAAGAAUUGUGUUGAUUUCUCUGCCAUUGAACUAAGAGAGGAAGGUUUCCUAUUCAAAUAAAUGUCGCUUCAAUGCAAUCAAAAAUCUGUGCACUUAUGUAAUCCUUUUUUCUCUACUAUGAGUCUACAGUAUUCCAUUAGGCAAAUUUUAUGCUUAUUAUCCUUUUGCUACUUUGAAAAUUUUUCAUCUAUGUUUUCUUGAAGAAGCUUGGAUUAGAAUAAGGUUACUUUUUAAUCCUGAAAUUCAAUACUGUAAAUGUAAAUUUGCGAGUACUUUGCACUGUUGAAGUAUUUUUCUGCUAGUUGUCGCCUCAAUUUAUUUUCAAAAUGUGUUCUGCCAGACAUUUCCAAGUUACUCACUUUAUUUGAAUAAAAAUUCGAUGAUGCAUUGGAAGAAAAUUAAUUAUUUCAACCCAUGUCAUGGUUUUAGCUA